UCCUGCAGCAUGCAAGAGGAAACGGGCGACAUGGCCAGGCCUGUUGAUCCAGGGCAUUUCUCAACAUGCGAAGCCCGGUUGGACAAGCACAUUGCGGGACUUUGCAGUGUCGAUUUCUCGGUAGCUGUGGUUCUUCCAGCCGGUGGCAGUGGAGAAAGAACGGGGAUAUUGACACCCAAACAGUUCUUCACGUUUCUCAACAGACUUCUGAUAAGCUACACAAUUCAAACUUUCGAGAGAGUGUCAUGGAUCCAAAGCAUCGUUGUGGUGGUUGCCAAGGAGAGCUUAGAUUUGAUGAUGGACAUUAUCCACCACUUCCACCACAGAAAUGUCCUAGUGGUACAUGGCGGAUCAACUCGCCACAGAUCUAUAUUCAAUGGUCGGGCCCUCAGUGAGUGAGAGGGUGGUAUGGCCCGCGUCAAACCAAAGGUGGUCAUCAAUCAUGAUGCAGUGCGUCCCUUUGUGGAAGAGAACUUCCUCUUGAAGAUAACAAUGGCUGCCAAAGAGCAAGGGGCUGCUGGGGUUAUCCGACCGCUGGUUUCCACAGUGAUUGCUCCCACAUUGGAGGGCUACCUGGACCAUUCUCUGGAGAGAACCAAGUACAGAGCCAGUGAGAUGCCCCAGGGAUUCAUCUAUGAUGUCAUCUACCAGGCUUAUCAGAGGUGCAGCGAGUCGGACUUUAAGUUUGGCACAGAGUGCCUUCAUCUGGCGCUGCAGUACUGUGGCACCAAUGCCAAGCCCAUCGAGGGUCUGCCAACCCUGUGGAAGGUGACCUACAAAGGAGAUUUGGCUGCAGCAGAGUCCAUUGUCAAAAAAAUAAGGUAUACUCUUUCCCAGUCGGCCUGUGUUGUCACAGGUGAGUCUGCACAGGCUACAGAGCUGGCCAAUGCUCUGCAGAGGCGCAUGAGCGCUUUGGACAUGGAGGUGGAUGUGAUCUCAGACUUGAUAAGGAGACGAUCUCUGUCAAAAGCGUGA